ACAAAAGACAAUACCAGUCUCUCUCUCUCUGAAGUCAGUCAUUUUCUCUCUCUUAACUCCAUUAAUGGAGGGAAUUGAACUUUACACACUCCAAACAGAAGCAAAAUACUACAAAGUGUAAGUCUUAAAAAUUCUGGCGCCAUACUUUCACCUACCAAUAUUUCAAAGCUCCUCUCCUUUUAUCACUUUUCUUGAGUACAAGAAUUUGGAGCACGUCAAUCAUAAAUUUAGAGUAAUCUCUGCCGCAUUUGUUUGAAUAAAAAAGCUUAGAAAUGGACGACAAGGAGAGCACUGAGUCGGGUUCGCCAGGUGGGAACUCAGAGUCUGACUCACCAGCAAUGACUAGUGGUGGUGAUAUUGUUGCUGGGGGUGCUGCUGUUAGCGUGGAAAGAAGCGUUGCAGCAAUAAAUGCGCCAGCAGUCACAGUGAGUGGAACUAUGGGUGGCGAAGGAGGUGGAAGUGGUGAUUUAACGAUGGGUAAAAAGAAGAGAGGGAGGCCAAGAAAGUAUGAAUCAGAUGGGAACCUGAGAGUUCCAUACGCAGGAUCUCCACCAGGUGGAGUGCUGUCCCUGGAAGGCUUUAAUUUGUCACCGACUCCAGCAUCUAAGUAUUCAUCUGGCACCAAAAAAGGGCGUGGUAGGCCUCCUGAUUCCGGCAACUGGCAAAUUCUUUGUUCUUUGGGUGAAUUGUUCACGGCCACAGCAGGAAGGGAUUUUACGCCGCAUGUAAUCACUGUAUAUACCGGAGAGGACGUUGCAGGGAAGAUCCUUACAUUUGCUCAAAAGGGCGUUCGAGGGAUUUGCGUUCUUUCUGCUAAUGGUUCUGUCUCCAAUGUUACAAUUCGCCAACCCGGUUCUUCUGGUGGUAUCUUGACAUAUGAGGGGCGCUUUGAGAUUUUAACUUUGACAGGAUCGUUCACAUUUUCUGAAAAUGGUGGGAUAAAAAGUAGGAUAGGCGGACUAAGCGUUUCUUUGGCUGGCCCUGAUGGUCGUGUUAUUGGUGGUGGAAUUGCGGGUAUGCUAACGGCUGCUACUCCAAUACAAAUUGUUGUUGGAAGCUUCAUGCCAAAUGGUUACAAGACACCUAAAAGAAAGCAAAAUCUUGAAUCCAGAGUUUCUUCUCUGAUCCAUAGUCCUCCGGCUACAAUGACAACAGCAACACCAAUAUCGCAAGUGGCACCAGAAAUCAACUUCCCACUAGUUCCAACGUCUCAAUUGCCAGUGCCGAAUCAGGGAGAAGCAGAUAAUAACACGAACACUAAAGAGUGUCAGUACUCCACAUCUACAGUUACUGCUAACUGGAAUGGUACAGAGCCAAUUUCUGAACAGAGACCAUCUCCCGACAUUAACAUCUCUGUAUCUGUUGAUUAGCAACGAAACAAGUCUAUAACCAAGUAGAUUUAUGAUACGGUAAUUCCAGUUAUUAGCUUUAGGCAUAUGAAAGUGAGUCAAAAGGGGACAUGGUUAGUUAUAUGAUGCAUAAUUUCUCUUUUUCCUUAUUCUUGUGAACAUUUAGUUUAGAUUCCUUGUGAAUUUUCAAAUGAGGUGUUAUAUUGUUGUUCAAAAUCAAUCAAACGUUUGUGGAAUGGAAAA